AUGGCAGCUAAACAGUUUAAGGAGCUAUCUGAUCUGAUCACCGAAGCCGCUAAGACGGGUAUGGCGCGUGAGAGCUUCUUCUCUUUUGGGGACGAGGGUCUCACAGCAAGCGUAGGUGCAACUGGACGGUUGAUCCGGAUCACGCAGCAUUUCCCAGGACAGAAGACAGGAAUCUGUGUGGACGAUGAGGACAUUAGCGAGCCCUUCUGCGUUUUUUGGCGCUUAGAUGGCUUUUUAAGACGUUCCCGCAACGAAGAGAAGGGCGGAGUCGGUCCUCACAUCAAUUCUCUGUAUCCGGGAGAAAGGUCUAAACAACACAUUGUCAAUGAUCGAUGGCCUACCUUUACCAUAGCGAUACCUGGCAAGAUUUCGGAAAAGCUCCGUGUGUCUUAUGUGGCAUUCCAAGGCACCAUCUAUCAGAAAUUCGACAUCAUAGACACAGCCGAAAAAGAAUUGGCACAACAGGAAACCAAGGAAUUCCCAAGCGGCAUUCUGGAUGCUCUAUCACUGGAUUCGGGAUUAUUGAUCAGAAACCUAGACUUCGUGAAUUUGGGAAAUCACUUCAAUGAGGCUUCGUCGCGAACCCGUGACGAUUCAAACGCGCGGGUGUACACUACUAGCCUUGGGCAAGCAAAGAACCAUGUCAAGCGGGAACACAAAAGUCACGACAAACAUUUCGUCCUCCAUCUCCAAGUCUUGGAUCCGAGUAACUCGCUUGAAUUUCACACACUAGACCAGACGGAAACUUGCUACGGUAUUCGAAAGAGCAGCAAUGAUUUCAAGCACGCAAUUUCAGAGCUUGUUCUGGCAUACACGCUCAGGCAAGGCUCCACGGCUUCCGAUCUUGAACGUCUGCCAGAUUGGGACAAAUUCAUCAAAGCUGGCGAGCUUCUUGAAAGUCACCCCACGGUCAGACUGACGGAGAACGACCAUCUCAACUUCUUCCUCAGAAGAAACCUGGAGUAUAUCCUUUCCGUCUGCAGCAUUCCGGUGUCUGAAGCAGAUUCCGAUGGAGUACCGGCUUAUGCCCUUACAUGCGGUGAUAUUGAGGGUCAUCGGGUGACGACAUCAGCGAGCUUCUAUGCUUUUCAAUUCUUGCUUCUCGGUCUUGAUCACUUCACGACCUUGCAUUCAGAGUCUGACAAACUGCCUGCAUGCACCUGUGAUCGUGAUGAGAGGCCUCUACCAUCUCCGCCACUGCCUUAUGUCUGCAUGAUGAAGAGGCGUAUUGAACACGUAUGCAAAGGCCAUAUGAAAUGGGUUUUUCAAAAAGCAGCCAGGUCUAGCAGUCUGUUCUGUCCUAAUUAUUGGACCAAUGGCGAUGAAAUUGACGGCUGGAAAUCGAACAUGUGGCUUGCACAACAAUCUCUUGUUGACGCCCCUUUCCAAUUUAUCAAAGCCGGGGACUUUUACGAAAGAAUCGACGGGGAGAUGCCAGAAGAUCAUUUGCAAGCGGCGAGGACUGCUUACAAGAGCUGGAUUUGUCUUCUCGAGAAGAUUGAGAAGUCCGGAAAAUACGCAUUCCCCUCUUACAAGGCCAGCGAGGAUGACAAACCGACCAAAACCUUCUAUCUGACAGACCAUGCUCUAAUUUGGCAAGCAAUAAGAUCUGCGGAGUCAAUCAAGCUUCACUACUCACCCAAGGACGAUCCUGAGCUAAAUGAGAAGAUGGGUAGAUAUUCGGCUGACAGGUUGCGGGAAAACAUCGUCAAGAGAUUUACGACUGAGAACUCUCUCUUGAAACAGAGAAUGAUCGCGGUGAAGCGGAGUCCUACGCAAACCCGUUUUCUCUUCCGCUCCAAAGAUGUUGCCCUUUUCCGUGCCAUGAAGGAAGGCCUGUUCAAACAAGCUGAUAUCCAAUGGACGAAUACCCUUGAUAGCCAAAAACAUCAUGAAGGCAAUGACGACACUGACUGGAGUGACCCUCGAAGAUUCGCACUAGCUAUCACGAUGGCCCGGCAUGGGAGACUUAUCAACUUUCGUACCAGAAAGGAGUUGACUGAGCAAGCCUUAUCAAUUCUGCUUAGUACCUCAUCCUCCAACGGACUCUUCACAGGGGCACUCGAUGAACGACAAAGUCCAACCAUAUACGAGGACGAGAGAGACAGAGACAACUAUUGGACAGUGGCCUUCGAAGUUGCGUACAUUUUGUGGAAAGACUACUCUCCCCUACUCACCAACGACCUCGAUGACGACAAGAAGCAUAUAUCGAAGUCCACAGACAACUGCCUAGAGCAUAUGUGCCAGUCUAUCGAGAGGAUCUCGAAACAUCUGGGAGAUCUGGCUGUUCAUCCGACAGAGACAACAGGACCAAGAUAUCGUUACGGCUACUGGAUGAAACACAAUCUCCCCUUCAACAACGUGAUAGACGACAACGACGUCGUGGAGCUGCAGGACGAGUGGCUGUAUAAUGAGCCUGAUUUCUUCGUCAACACAACGGCCACGACCACAGUCGGUACGGAAAAUAGACCAGAUGCCGAUGCAAACGCAGAGCCUCCGAUGCCAGCAAAGGUUAUCCUUGCGUACGUUCAACUCAAGAUCGACAUCGAGGAGCGUAAGCCACUCAAGGAAAAGCGACCUUCGUCGUCUUUCGCAGUUGACGCCUAUCUGCAGGGCGAGGAAGAUUUGUUCAAGAAAGCUGUUCAGUCCCAAAGGGAGGCUCACAAGGCCAAAAAAAGGUUUUGGGCUUUCAUUUCGACAAACGCGGAGGAGAAUUCGGGCUGCACAAAGACGUUGGCUCCAAACGAAAAACGUGAACAAGGAGAGAUGAAACACUUCUUCCACAGACACAAGACCAGCAGCAACUUCUUCGCCGAGGAACCGAUAGCAUCGCUGAACAUAUGGACAACGGAGUUCCAAAUGGCCUUCUACUCCGGUGUUAAGGAAGAAGAGUUUUGGCGCGGAAACAAACUUGUAAAGGUAGCAAUGGGGUUCCGUUUCGAGGGCGACUUUUUCGACAAAUAUUGGACCUGCCGUUUUGUGGUGGCAAAUCCUCACCUGCCGGCUAGCAAGAAUGAAGUGAAAGGUGACUUGAUCAAGUUGCUGCAGCAAAACCGCGAAGACGAUACUCAUUACUUCGGGGAAGUCAAGACCGGUCCUUGGGAACAACGAAGAGUGCUCGAAUUGAUAUUAUUCGGACACAUCAUCAGCGAAAUGGCUACGAGCGCGGGCGACAUCCUCAAAUUGGCCGAAAGCACUGUGCUGAAAGAGAAAACUAGGUUGGAACAAAGGCUUCGAAGGCUCCAAGGCUCUCACAUGUCCAAGCAAGAACAAGGCGAUCCGACCCCAGAUGACGGCGGUUCUAUCAACUACAACAGCUUCGUCAUCACCAGCAAUGAGUUCCGUAAGUUUCAGGAACGUUUGCAGAUGAUACACGGAGAUUUCGCAAAAGCCAGACCCAUCAGCGACCAUUGGCUCAACCGGGAGAAGGAUCGCCAAGCCGAACGGCCCCGCUGGACGUUCAGCGACGAGAGUCGGUACAGGUCAACACUGAACAAGUUACUGGUCGUAAACCGGCGGGCUAUCCAAGACCUGGAUCGCAACCUCAAGGGAAUUUCUAUCCUUGCAGAGUCAAUUACGAAAGAGCUCGAGUACGUUAGCAGCGGUCUCGAGAGUAUCUCGAAUGAAGAAAGCCGACAGAACAAUAAGGAUGUCAAGAUUUUCACAUACACAACUGCCAUAUUCUUGCCUCUGGGCUUUGCAACGGGUAUGUUCAGUAUGAGCGGGACGCCUGAUUCGCAAACGGUAGGCAGGAUGGUAGGACUGUUUUUUGGAGUAGUCAUUCUGGGUCUAUUGAUGAUCCUUAUUGUCGCAAAGGUCAACGCCAAAUAUGGAAAGAGGAUCCGGCAAAAGAUCCAUCAGGCGUGUGUUAUGUGGAAAUUGGCAAUCCUCAUUCUUUUUCUUGCAAAGUCUUACGCCAAAGAGCUGAUCAGGCGGCGGCGGCAGAAGAUCAAUGGGGCGUCUCUUCGGCAUGAACGUGAAGCAAACGCGGAAGGAGAAUCAAACGAGGAAACGAACGCUGACCGCAAGGAAGAUGUUGCGGAAAAAGCAUCGCGGCGAAGGUUUUGCGGCUUGAAGAUACGCAGGAAGCAGCAGGGCGGUGCUUUGGCGAAACGUAAAGAAGAGCACGUGGAAGAAGGGAGGGGUUUAUUCGGCGUUCCAAGGGUGGACGAGACGGCAACCUCAGGGAGCGUGCAAAGCUCUAAGGGUUGA